UAGUGUGUAAAGAAACUUGUUUCCCUCUCUCUUUAAAAGUCAUCGUGUGUGUGUGCGCGCACUUACACAUGGUGAUCGAUAGGAGUCCUUUGACAGGUCCAAAUAGAGAGAAGCCUAGACGAAAGGGAGAGUUAGUAGUGAGAGGAGAGAGAGAGAGAGAGAGAGGAAGUAGUGGGUAGAGGUAAUAAGCCAUGGGAAGACCUCCUUGCUGUGACAAAGAUGGGAUCAAGAAAGGUCCAUGGACCCCUGAGGAGGACAUCAUCCUGGUGUCUUAUAUUCAAGAACAUGGUCCAGGAAAUUGGAGAUCAGUUCCAACCAACACUGGGUUGUUAAGGUGCAGCAAAAGUUGCAGGCUUAGAUGGACUAACUACCUCAGACCAGGAAUUAAGCGAGGCAACUUCACACCCCAUGAAGAAGGGAUGAUAAUUCACUUGCAAGCUAUAUUGGGUAACAAAUGGGCAGCUAUAGCUUCAUAUCUUCCCCAGAGGACAGAUAAUGAUAUAAAGAACUACUGGAACACCCACCUGAAGAAGAAACUAAAGAAGUUCCAGUCAGCUUGGGACCCUAUGGCACAAGACUCAACAAGCAGUCAGUUUACCUCAAAAAGUUUCAAUGAUAGAAAGAGCUUAGAUAAUUUCACCACCAAUUCCUCAUCAGCCCUCAGGCCUAAUCAGGCCUCCACAUAUGCAUCAAGUACCGAAAACAUUUCUCGUCUUCUUGAAGGUUGGAUGAGAUCAUCUCCAAAGCCGAAUAGUUCGAAUUUUCUUCUCAAAGAAAAUCGGGAGCAAGAAAAUAACAGCCAGGAAAAUAAUGAUCAUGACAUUGCCAAUUCAGUGGCUAUAAAUUAUCUUCAAUCUUACAAGGAAAAACCUGAGCAAGAACGUGGUGAUCUAAUCUCUCAUGAAGAGUUUGAGUCCAUUUUAUCACUCGAGAGCUUGCAUAAUGUUGCAUGGGACAAGUCCUGUUGUGAUUCUGGUACUGUUACUACCACCACUACUACGAAAGGUUUCCAUAACUCUGCAAGUGAUGAGAAGGAAAAUAUGACAAUGAUCGAGAGGAAUCAGAAAUCUGAGAGUACCCCCCCCUUAUCAUUUCUUGAGAAAUGGCUCUGGGAUGAAAAUGGUGCUGGUCAAGUGGAAGAAAUUAUGGAACUCUCUCCAAUAUUCUGAUCAUGUCUUUGUUUCCUCUCUCUCUCUCUCUUUAUCUCUAUCUCUCACUCACUCACUCUCUCUCUCUCUUUCUUAUUUAGUUUGAGCUAAACCACUGGAGGAAGAAUUUUUUUUUAAAAAAAAAAAAACAGUGUGAUCUCUCAGAGUUUAAUCUUUUAGCAUCUGGGGUUCUGAGAACGUGGGAUCUCUUUGAGAAUUGUAAUUAACCUUAUUAUCUUUUAAUGAAUUAAUUGUCAUGAAAUAACCAAAGCAAUUUACUCUCUGUGUAAUUUGUGCGAGACCUUAUUUGAUUGAAAGAGAAAUUAAAAGGCCC